AUGUGGUCCUUUUCGUUCUACCCAGUGGUUUUAUUUGCCCUUCUCGUGUCAUCUGUGAUUGCGUCCCAGCUUCCAGACCUGUUCCCGCGCCAGGAACCCGGUUCUCCAAGCUACCAAUGCCAUGAAGACUGCGGCCUGGUCACCGCGUAUUGGCACAAAGGCGGCGACUACUGCGACACCGCUGACUUCAAGAACCACCUCUCCAACUGUCUGAAGUGUGCUUUGACCCAAGAUGUCUGGCAGUGGUACGGUGAAGACGUCAAGAACGCUGCAAACAAAUGCCAUGUCGAUGCUACCCCCAGUACCUCCUCUGCCGGUGGGUCAUCGCCAAAUACUGCGUCUGUGACCAUCUCUGGAGGAAGUACUUCGUCUCUCGCUACUGCCACUAGUGAGGCUUCAACUUCAAACACCGAUACUUCUUCCUCGGUGUCUGCAUCCACUUCGAAGACUUCAGAGUCGGAGACUGGCAAGCCGGGUACAAGCACAGCCACUGCUGGUGAAAGUUCCUCCUCGGCCAAGACAACUGCUGAACAUACUUCGACCAUUGCGACUGCUUCGGGAACUCCCCAUGUUUCAUCCUCUGUGGGUGCUUCAGGCACUGCGCAUAGCUCAACUUCCUCAAAGGGAGCUUCUCCUACAUCCUCAUCGAGUGCGUCGCCAGUGUUCAAUGCCGCAUCAUCCAUCCAGCAAAAUGCCGUUCUCACUGCGUUCAUGAGUGUUCUUGCAUGGGCAUUCGCCGCAUGA